UAUGGGACCGGGGCCUUUAGGAUGAUUUAAUCUUGUUAUCUACAUUAGAUGGUUAUACCGCAGGAUUGCAUUGCAGUAUGCAUUGCACGUUCAACGGUAUUUUAGUGCAUAAAAUAUUAUCUGAAGAAAAAUGGAACAAUAAUAUGAAUAAUUUUUGCCAAAAUAAUACAAUUAUAUUAUUACGUUAGAAUUUGUACUGUAAAUAGAUAGAAAAAAAUUGUUAAACUAUCGCGAUGUCAGUUAAUAUUGAUAUCAGGCUCAAACGAGUUAGCAAAAUCUAUCGGGAGGGUGAGACCGUUACUGGUUUAAUUUUAUUACAAACAAAUUCCGAUUUAAAACAUGAUGGAAUAUUUCUGACAAUGGAAGGAGCAGUCAAUCUACAGCUGAGUUCAAAAACUGUUGGCAUUUUUGAAGCAUUUUAUAAUUCAGUCAAACCAAUACAAUUAAUUCAGUACACAGUGGAAGUAGUUCCAGCAGGUAAAAUUCCAAGUGGAAAAACAGAAAUACCAUUUGAACUGUCAGUGAAACCUCGAGGCACUAAAACUCUUUAUGAAACUUAUCAUGGGGUGUUUGUAAAUAUUCAGUAUAUGAUUCGGUGUGACAUCAAAAGGAGUUUUCUUGCAAAAGAUGUCAGUAAAUCACUUGAAUUCAUAGUAGAAGAUAAGCCUGUGAAAAAAACUAAUAAGGAGUCAAAUAAGACUAUAUUUUUUAAAAUCAAACCAGAAUCUCUUCAAAAUACGAGGGACAGAUCAAUUGUUCCAAGAUUUUGUAUUGCUGGAAAAAUAAAUUCAUUGUAUUGCAAACUGUCUGAACCAUUAACAGGUGAAGUUGUUGUAGAUCAUUGUGAAGCUGUGAUUAAAUCCAUUGAGUUGCAAUUAGUAAGGGUAGAAACUUGUGGAUGUGCUGAAGGAUAUUCAAGAGAUGCAACUGAAAUACAAAAUAUACAAAUUGGAGAAGGAAAUGUAUGUGCUGGUCUUGGUAUACCAAUUCAUAUGAUUUUUCCUAGACUAUUUACUUGUCCUACUUUGAGUACUAGUAACUUUAAAGUUGAAUUUGAAGUAAACCUAAUUGUUGUAUUUGAAGAUGAUUACCUUGUGACAGAAAAUUUUCCUAUAAUUUUGACGAGGCACUAAUUUGUUUUUACUUCAAAUAGUUUGUUAACUGUACAGUUUUUAUUAUACAUAU